AUGUGCUUUGCCAAGAAGCACAAGAAGAAAGGCCUGAAGAAGAUGCAGGCAAGUAACGCAAAGGCCAUGAGUGCACGUGCGGAGGCCAUCAAGGCCCUGGUGAAGCCCCAGGUGGUGAAGCCCAAGGUGGCAAAGGGCCCUAGCAGCAAACUUACCCGUCUCACAUUCAUCGCUCACCCCAAGCUUGGGAAGCAGAUUAGAAGCUACAUGGACAGGGGUCGUAGGUUCCAAAAAACAAAGCCUAAAGUUCAAGCCAAGGCAGAGGCCUCAGCUGCAGCUCAGGCUCCCAAAGGUGCCCAGGCCCCUGUGAAGGCCCCAUAA